CUAGAGGAGGAAUAUGAAUUUUACGGGUCGUUUGCGGAGGCGGAGGCAGCAUUGUUGGCGGGGAAGGAACUGCAAGUCUCCCUCGAUCACACCCAGUGCACUGGAGCUCCCGAAAUAUUGAGUGCUAUGGGGGUGAGGCUGUUGGAGUGGCAGCAGUUCGACGCGGACAGCUCCGUGGGUCGCGAGAUCAGGUUCACUCAAUUCUAUACUGAGAGCACCGGAUCGGUGAUUCUUCAAGAAUAUUUUAUGACUGACGACGACGUGCUGACGAACCAGAUGACCAUCUUCAACCCUGUCACGGAAGAGAUCCUCGACAGUUUAACCUACACCUGCCCCGUCGGUUCAGGCGUCGUCGUCUCCGCCCCUGCCAGGGAGAGAAGAGACAGCAGUGCGAAGGCCUCGCCCUUCAAUUCCUAUACGGUGAUGGGAACAAAGUCGACAGCGAAACAAAACGAGUUCUCCUUCGUCCCUAGUCGUCCUCUGGUGAGCUACUUCGAAGUGUAUGCAGCAGCCUUGGACGGAGUCCAUUUGGAAGUCCGGAUCAACUACGAGAUGUGCAAUGACCCAACCGGCAGCGGAUUCGAUUUCACUGGGAUCACCACCGGCGCUUACCUUCAAGAAAUGUUCAUCGACAAUCCCGACAGCAUCGACUCGAUCAUCUUCACCAGCGCUUACGCCUUGGUGACCAACGCGAUAACCGGAGAAGGGUUUGCUUACAGCUCCGUCGACUUGAGCUUGGAUCGCAGCAAUGUCGCCAGGGUCGUCCCUGCCUAUUGGUCGGUCGAAGGAGGUCAACUGACCAAUCUUUUCGGGGAUGAUCUGUACGUGGAAUGUGCCAUGGGAGAGGGUCUCAUCGUCUAUGCCAGCAGGCAGGAUUAAUAUAUGGUCGAACGGUGAUUUACCAGAUUGCAAUGUCGUGUAAUAAAAUCCGCUAAGAAUAAGAAGAAUCUAAGCUACAUCCUUGAUAA